UCCCGCCAUCCCGCCGCUCACAGCCCGUGUCCGGCCGUGCCACCGCCUCGGGGACAGGCCGGAGGAAGUUCCCUUUCCCUUUAAAUGCAAAUCCCAGCCCUGGGGCCAGGACGGGUGUCCGGAGGGCUCGGGGGUGUCCGGAGGGCUCGGGGACACGGCUGGGUUGGCCCCACCGGCCGGGGGCCUGGCACAGCGCUGGGGAAGACGCCGAGGCCCGGCCGGCAGCUCCCAGCCGCGCGUCAGGCCCCGGCUUUGCUCCGCGCCGCCAUGCUCCAGCGCAGACACCGGGAUAACGCCGCCGCCUGAGCCCCCGCCGCCCGGGAACGGGGGGUCCGAGCUCCAGACUCAACCCUCCCGCCACCUCCGCCUCCCCGGGGGGGGACCCCAAUCCUCCCCGGGGACGAGAGGCCGCUGAGAGCUGUGUCCGUCCAGUGUCCCCACCGGGAUGGAGGACCGGAGGAAGAAGCGGAGCCCCAAAGCCUGCCUGGCCCAGCCGGUGCCCCCCGGGGCCCCGCGGCCGCUGCCCCCCAGCAAGAGCACGUCCUUCGCGCUGCCGCUGCCCACCCUGCCCUCGCCCCGGCAGCGCGCCCGGCUCAGGCGGUCAGUGCUGGCGCGGGGGGGACCCUUGGUGAGGGGUCUGGGUGAUGUCAACCCCUCUGUUCCCCACCCCAUGGCAGGACAAGAGAAGCUGGCGCGGCUGCACUUCGGCCUCGACGGCUGCGUGGAGGAGCUCCCCGAGGAGCAGAAGAAAGCGGCGGCCGACCGGAACCUGGACCAGCUGCUGGGACACCUCCCAGCCACGGGCGCAGGGAAGGAGUGCUCCUUCGAGCAGCUGGAGCACGUGCGGGAGAUGCAGGAGAAGCUGGCGCGGCUGCACUUCGGCCUCGACGGCUGCGUGGAGGAGCUCCCCGAGGAGCAGAAGAAAGCGGCGGCCGACCGGAACCUGGACCAGCUGCUGGGACACCUGGAGGAGCUCAGCAGCUCCAUGUAUCCUGGGCUGGGGGUGACGGUGGCGGCAGUGACGGUGGCAGCCACGGCGGUGACAGUAGUGAUGGAAGGCGAUGGCGGCGAUUGUGGUGACGGAGAUGGUGGUGGUAGAGGUGGUGAUGAUGGAGGUGGCAACACUGGUGGCAGUUGGCAGUGAUGGAGGUGGUGGUGCUGGUGGCGGCUGGUGAUGGCGGUGGCAGUGGAGGUGGUGGUGAUGGCAGGUGGUGCUGGGGGUGGCAGUGAUGGAGGCGG